GGACACCUGGGUUCAAUCCCUGAUUCUUGCCAUCAGUCACUAUUGGCCGUUGUGGAACAAAUCCCUUCUGUGCCUUUCCCCCCCGCGAGCUGGGUGGGGCGAGCGCCGUAGGAACGCAGACCCUGCCUACGCCAGCCUCGGCCUCUCCCAGCCGGGGGCCCUCGUGCGCCUGGGGCAGGGAUCGGGCCGGGAAGCAGCUGGCUCCCCCAGCAUCUGAACCGAAACCUCCAUCUGUGCUUUCGUUUCCUGCUUUCGGGGCCGACCCUGCCCUCGAAAUUUCGAUUCAAAGGUCACAGAUUUCUCUUUCUUCGAAAACAGCCAGCGUGAUAAGAUCUGGGGCAUGGGGUGAUGGGGAGAGAUGCAGCCAUGUCUGGGGUGCAGCAGCCACACAGAGAUGCCUCGCCUGGCACUGAGAUGCAGCCACCUCUGGGGCGGCACAGCUGGGGAACAGCCACACAUACCACUGCAUGGUGAUGGCUCGCCUGUGGGACGGGAUGGUUGGGGAGCAGUUUGGGACAGGAAGUGAAGCCGAUGCCUGUUUCUGACUGCAACUGGCGUGGAAAUUUCGAGCGGGAGAAUGGGCCCCUCUGAGCUGGGAUUCGGGCCGGACGCCGGGGUUCAAUCUCUCAGUUUUAGGCUAGGGGAGAGGGCCCCUUGCAGAGCCCCCCAGCCCUCCGCCGCUGUAGGGCCCCCGCCCCAGCCCUUUCUAAAUAUCUCCCCCCAGAUUCAGGGUCACAGCGCCACAUAGUGGUGGCUCAGAAAUGCAGCAGCUCCCACGCAGCCGCCUCCCCUCCCCAAUUGUAUUUCCUCUUUGCUGGAUUUUAUAGGGUCUGGCUGGAAAAGCUCCCACCCCCCGGGGGGGGGGGCACGGGGGCAGGGGCUCUCGCUCCGCUCUGUGCUGUUCUUUGCGAGGCCGACGGCUAUUUGCAGUACGACUAAUAUUUGCUUUGGCAUGUGCAAUGCAGUGCACCAUUGUUUGUGGUGCACUCUCACGUGCAAGGCACCAUUAUUCACGGGGGGCAUUAUUGGCAAGGCUCUAUUGUUUGCAGUGCAUUACGACGUGCAAUGCACUAUUGCACACAAUGCAUUGUUUGCACUGCACGCUCGUGUGCAACGCACCAUUAUGGGUGGGGCUCUAUUGUGUGCAGAGCAGUGUCUUGUGCACUACACAAUAUUGUUUGCGGUGCACUCUCGUGUGCAAGGCACCGUUCUUCCCGCGGCACUAUGUCGGCACAACGAGCAAUCACGCGCCACGUGCAUUUGCUCCGCCUGGCGGGCGCGCGCCUACCCACAGCCCGGUGCACAGGGCGCAAGCGCCGCAUUUGGCGUUACUGCGCAUGCACCAGGGGACGUUCCUGCCAACGCGCAUGCGUCCCGCGCAGUCUCCCUUUGAGACACUGCCGAGCGCCCCCGCCCCAUCUCUGGCGGACGCAACCGAAUCCACCGAGCCUGGUUCCGCCUCCUGCCCAUUGGCCGCCGCCGAGAAGGCGACCGUCGUAUCAGCGUCCGGGUCCCCCACGUGGGGGGGCGGGACGAAGGCGGAACCUGCCACGAUUGCUGGCGCCGCCGGCCAAUCGCCGCCCGGUUUUCCCCCCCACGUGGGCCGGAAGGCUUUCCCCUCUCGCCGUUGGCGGGGCCGCCCUGCCGCUGGCCAAUCAGCGCGGGAAGGGGAAAGAGGAACAGAGCGGGUAGGGAGAGACGCGCGAGGCGUUCGAGUUUGGCAGUUAGCGGCGGCCGUUGCUCCCCUCGCGCCUCUUCCGUUUGAAAACGAGGGUUGAGCGGGAGGGGGGCUGGCGCGGCCCCGCCCCCGGGCCUGAGCGGACCGAACCAUGAGCGGGGACGGGGGGGUCUCCCGGACCGCACCACCCUCCCCGGCCGCCAAGCGCCGCCGCCCGGGCCCGCUGCUGAAGGAGACCGAGGCCGCCCAGGCGCUGACCCAGCUGACGGCCUGGGGGGGCCUGGAAACCGCCGGGCGGCAGGGGGCGCCCGCGGCCCAGGGGGACCUGGAAACUGCCGCCACCGGGCUGGCGCCCCCUGCUGGGGAGGGGGGCCUGGAAACUGCCACCCCCCUGCGGGGCAGCCUAGACACCGCUGGCAGCGGGCAGGGGAGCCUCGAGGCUGUCGCCAAUGGGAAGGGGAGCGCCAACAACGCCGGCGGCAGGAAGAGGGGCCAAGAAACUUCUGAGGGGGAGACGAGCCCCCAAGGUGUGACUGGGGGGAAGAGGAGACUUGAGACUGCUGCUGAGUCGGGGAGCCUUGAAACCGAUGCUGCUGAGGAGAAGGGCGUCCUGGAAACCACCGCCGCAAAGAUGGGGAGGCUCAACCCUGAUGCCGCUGAGGAGAAGGGGAUCCUGGAAGCCGCCGCCGCCAAGACAGGGAGGAUUGACACCACCGCCGCUGAGGAGAAGGGGGGCCUGGAAACCACAGCUACAAAGAGGGGGAGGCUAGACACCACCGCCGCUGAGGAGAAGGGGGGCCUGGAAACCACAGCUACAAAGAGGGGGAGGCUAGACACCACCGCCGCUGAGGGGAAGGGGGGCCUGGAAACCACAGCUACAAAGAGGGGGAGGCUAGACACCACCGCCGCUGAGGAGAAGGGAGGCCUGGAAGCUGCCGACGGCCGGGAGGGACGGAGGAAGAGGAGGGCGGAGGAGGAGUGCUCCAUCAUCUCAGUGGGGGAGGAGGAGGAGGAGGAGGAGGAGGGGGCCCCGGCGGCCCGGCCGGCCCCGGACACGGAGCAGUACCUGGAGGCGCUGGAGGCGGUGCAGCUGGAGCUGGAGGCGGUGAACGAGCAGGCCGGCUGCGCCUUCCGCAUCCUCAAGGCCAAGUUCGGCCACAUGCGCCGGCCCCACCUCGAGCGCCGCAACCGCAUCAUCCAGAACAUCCCCGGUUUCUGGGUCACCGCCUUCCUCAAUCACCCCCAGUUGUCGGCCAUGAUCAGCGACCGUGACGAGGACGCCCUGAGCUACAUGACCAACCUGCAGGUGGAGGAGUUCACUCACGCCAAGUCGGGCUGUAAGAUCAAGUUCUACUUCAGCGGGAACCCCUACUUCCAGAACGAGGUGAUCGUCAAGGAGUUCCAGCCGGCCUCCUCAGGCAGGCUGGUGUCGCACUCCACCCCCAUCCGCUGGUGGCGGGGCCAGGACCCCCGUGCCCACGGCUGCAAGAGCCCCGAGAUGGGGCGCAGCUUCUUCAGCUGGUUCGGGGACCACAGCUUCCCUGCCGGCGACCGGAUCGCUGAGAUCAUCAAGGAGGACCUCUGGCCCAACCCCCUGCAGUACUACCUGAUGGGCGAGAACGGGGGCGCUGGGGACGACAGCGGGACGGAGCACGGGGACGACUGCGUGGUGAUCGUGGACGACGAGGGGGAGGAGGACGAGGUGCAGGAAAUCAUGGACGAGGAAGAGGAUGGCGAGGAAGGCAGCGCGGCGGAGGAGCUGAUGGCGGAGUCGGCCGGCCUGGGCUCGGAGCCGGAGGAAGACGGCUGAUUCCCCCCCACCCCCGCCCCACCAGCACCCGAAGAUGGGCCAGGAUCCACCCCCCGGCGCCCCCUGCUGGGGCUGGACUCUAUGACUGAGCUUUGGGCUUGGGGCAAUUAAUCGCAUCCCUUAAGUUAUUGAGGGCGGCUGCAGUUCCCAGCCUGGCCACUGGGGGGCAGCGCUCCCCUGCCGUGCCAUGAGUGGGGCAGUCGUCUGGGGGGGCCCUGGGCCUGCUGGGGUCGGGUAUCAGCCCAGGGUGCUGGGGGCAUGGUGGGUAAAUACCCCCCCCAGUGGCCAGGGGGGGCUGCCUGGCCGCAGGAGAGGGGCAUUGUGGGUAAAUACCCCCCCAGUGGCCGGGUGGGGGGCCCUGCCUGGCCAUGGGAGAGGGGCAUUGUGGGUAAAUGCCCCCCCAGUGGCCGGGUGGGGGGCCCUGCCUGGCCAUGGGAGAGGGGCAUUGUGGGUAAAUACCCCCCCAGUGGCUAGGGGGGGCCCUGCCUGGCCAUGGGAGAGGGGCAUUGUGGGUAAAUACCCCCCCAGUGGCUAGGGGGGGCCCUGCCUGGCCAUGGGAGAGGGGCAUUGUGGGUAAAUACCCCCCCAGUGGCUAGGGGGGGCCCUGCCUGGCCAUGGGAGAGGGGCAUGGUGGGUAAAUACCCCCCCAGUGGCUAGGGGGGGCCCUGCCUGGCCAUGGGAGAGGGGCAUGGUGGGUAAAUGCCCCCCCAGUGGCCAGGGGGGGCCCUGCCUGGCCAUGGGAGAGGGGCAUUGUGGGUAAAUGCCCCCCCAGUGGCCAGGGGGGGCCCUGCCUGGCCAUGGGAGAGGGGCAUUGUGGGUAAAUGCCCCCCCAGUGGCCAGGGGGGGCCCUGCCUGGCCAUGGGAGAGGGGCAUUGUGGGUAAAUACCCCCCCAGUGGCUAGGGGGGGCCCUGCCUGGCCAUGGGAGAGGGGCAUUGUGGGUAAAUACCCCCCCAGUGGCUGGGGGGGGCCCUGCGCCUCCAGUGGCCUGUUCCGUGCAGCUCAGGGUCUCUUGUUCCAUUAAUUAAUUGUGGUCAGUGGUUGGCCGUUAACACCCCCCUGCCUGGGGCCCCCCAGGACCUGCUGCCAGCCGCAGUCCGUCCCCCCCCCAGGCUGCUUCCCGCACCCCCACUGCACCCCCCCAGCUCAAUCCCAUCAGCCCCUGGGGUGGGGCACAACUCCGCCCAUCCGUGGGGGGAGUUUCUAACCCCCCCAUGGCAGCCAUGUGAUCUGCCUAUCGGCGGGGGGCAGCGGGGGGCAGGGCGGGGGCUCCUCCGAUGUCUUGUAGCUGUGGGGGGAGGCGCUGGGCUGGUCGGCUGCCGGCGCCCCCCAUGGCCACCCUAUGCAAUGCUACUGCGGGGGGGCACCCGGUCCGGGGGGGGGGGGUUUGGACAUGGCCCCCUGAAAACAAAGCACUUAAUAUACAGAGAGAUUUCA